GUUGUUGUCUGCAUCCAUGGAUUCUGCAUUUGAUACUGCUGCUGUGCUUGGAUCGAAAUGACGCCAGGGGACCCGGCCAACCUGCAGGUUAUAUGUCUUCCAUUACAAACUUCAUCACUGUCACUACACAUAUCACUAGUCCAUUCUGAAGGAAGGGAUUUCAUACUAGAUGUCAGCAAUUCUUGCAGCAUCUCUAGCAGGUGCUGCAGGAUUCUUGGCAUUAGUAGGGGUUGCCAUAUUUCUUAUAGUACUUUUCCUGCGGCACCGCAGAAGAGCUUCAGACUCUUCAGAGAGUAGUUCAUCCGGUCCAGCUCAACCAGAGCUGCAGGGAGCAAGAUGUAUGACUCUGGAGGAGCUAAGUUCAGCUACAAGGAACUUCAGCAAUGUGAAUCUGAUUGGACAUGGAAUGUUUGGAGAGGUUUACAAGGGUUUACUCCAGGAUGGCACAAUUGUAGCCAUUAAAAAGAGGCAUUCUCCUCCUAGCCAUGAAUUUAUUCACGAGGUUAAUUAUCUGUCCUCUAUUCGUCAUCGAAACCUUGUAAACCUUUUGGGGUACUGCCAGGAGGAUGGCAUGCAGAUGCUGGUUUAUGAGUAUGUUCCCAACGGCAGCGUUUCUACACAUUUACAUGGUAGCAGCCAUGCUCCAGGUGUAAAGCUAGAAUUCAAGCAGAGACUUUCCAUUGCUCAUGGAGCUGCAAAAGGUCUAAGUCACCUGCAUUCUUUGACACCUCCGGCGAUCCAUAUGAACUUCAAAACGGCUAAUGUCCUUGUGGAUGAGGAUUUCAUACCCAAAGUUGCAGAUGCAGGCAUCCGUGGCCUGCUAGAUCGAUUAGGUGGUGCAGGCCCGUCAUCAAGAACAUCUAACGAUCCUUUCCUUGAUCCCUGGAUGAGGGAAUCCAUAAAUUUUUCAGUACAAAGUGAUGUAUACAGUUUUGGUGUUUUCCUCGUGGAGUUGCUCAGCGGUCAGAGGGCACUGUCUGAUCAAAGCAUCAUUCGAUGGGUGCAGAACUACCAGCAAUCAAGUGAUAUAUCUGCAAUUGCAGAUAACAGAAUGGCUAGUGGCUAUACCUCAGGAAGCAUGAGAGAAUUCCUGCGGUUGACAUCGUGGUGCGUGAACCCGACGAUCGAGCAUCGUCCAUCGAUGAGCUUGGUGGAGGCAGAGAUAAACCGGAUUCGGGAGCAAGAGAUGAGGUUGACCACCAUCAUGCCAGAAAGCACACCAACUGUGACUCUGGGUAGUCAGCUCUUCAGAACUUCAGGUUGAAGAACAAUUAGCUAGCUUCCUCUUAUCAGAGUAAUAGACUAGCAAUUCCUAUUUCAACAGAAAAAGACUAGCAAUUCCCCUUCCAUUUAUUUUCUCUCUUUAUUUUCUCUUUUGGUCUUCAUAGUGAUUCAGCUGUUACUCAAGUGUACAAAA